AGCAUCAACAAGUACAAUUCUCAACCAAGAUUAUAUUAACACCUACAGCAUUUCAAACAAUAGUACAAACAGCAUUUCAAACUAUACAACCAACAGCAUCAACUAUAACCUCAACUAUAGUAACUACUGAAGUACUAGGAUAUUUUCAAGACCAAAAUAUAAUUACUGAAAAUAUU